GAACUAGUGAUUAACAAUAAACGAACGAAGAGACGAAACUGUAAAAUGCCAGGAUGAGGUGUAUAACUGCACGUCACUAGGCCUGUCAAUUCGGUUUCGGGUUAACUCGAACCCGAACCGAUAUUCACAUUCUCGGUUUCGGGUUUUUCGAGUUCAACCCGAUAUCUAUAAUAGCGGUUUCGGGUUACUGAAACCCGAAAAAACGAAAGCUGAAACUGGGACUGGGUUCACGGCUUCACGCUGUCGUUUUGGGAAGGAGAGUCAGCCAGCCCUAGCUCUCGACUCCACCUUGUCCUCGUUCUCGCAGGCGCAGUCUCACUCUCUUCGUCUUCGCCAAACGAAACAGAGCUCCCUCGCCACCAUCAUCGUCCUCGCCGCCAGCGGCCUCGUGAGGACCUCCGACCGCCAUCGAAUCCCUCGCCGGCCGCCUCCAUCAACUUCCUUGCACUAUGUUCGUGGGUUCUAGUCUUUGACAGAGUUGAAUCCCUUCCUCGCCACUUCGCUCUUCGCCUCGGGAAGGAGAGACCUAGUGCAUGCCCACAUUCUUCCGACGACUCCGCCAUGGAAUCCCCGUGAGUCUCUUCGAACAAUUCUUCUAUUGCUUCAAUUUAUUACUGGGUUCUUGUUACCGUAGCUAAUUUGUUAGAGUUUUUGUUACUCGAUUCCUCUUUUCCUUGGCGACCAUAUGGGCAAGUCAGCUCUCUCCCAAUAUCUUCUUUGACUGAGGGCAAACAAUUUUUGCUGCUGAUCGACCCAUCAACGACGAGACAGAAGCGGACACAUAUGGAAUCCCAGUAAGCUCCUUCUUCAUUCAACUUGGUAUUACUCGAUGAUCCCGGGUUGGAAACUUGGUUUUAGAGCUUUUGAGUCGGCAUUCAGCACAGGAGGUCGAGUUUUAGAUUCGUUUAGGACCUCCUUAUCCCCUGAAGUUGUGGAGGCUUUGAUUUGUUGUGAAGAUUGGAAAAGUUCUUCAGACUCCGAGUUGGUGGCUGAUGGAGAGGAUGAGGGUGAUGAAGUGGUAUUUCAAAAGGUAUAUGCAGCUUUUCAAGCUCGGAGUGCAAGUGCACCUGCAGGACCUAGUGGAAGCUCUCAUGCAGGACCUAGUGGAAGCUCUCCUGCUACCCAUGUUUUGAUCCCGAGUCCUACUAUGUCACAAGUGGAAGAAGACUAUGUCGACGACAAUUCUGAUGAGAAUGAUGAGACUUAUGUGGAUGUAGAGCCUGGUGAGGAGUGAUAAUGGUAGUAGUGUUUAUCUUGUAUGGUGGAUGAACUUUGAUUUUACUUGGAUGUUAUCAUUUGAGAAUUGUAAAACUAAUGUGUUUAAUUAUGAGUUGAAGAUAAUCUCAUCUAUGAUUGUUGGUAUUUUAUGUUGAACAAAAUUAUUUAUUAUUUUGCGCCAAACACCAAACAUUUUUUUUGCAUAUGAUAGUUGAUAUACCUUCAAUUUUGGACCUAUGGUAUUACUAAAACAUUUAAUUAUACGAAAAUCCACAAUUAAAUAAGAUAUGAUUAAGUUACGUAUAAAAUAUGUUUAAGUACUAAAACAUCUAAACUACUAAUACUCUUUAAUAGUUAAUAGUAUGUAUAUAGUUAUAGAAUACAUAAACUUAAAUAUU